AUGUGUGCUCAUUUUUUUGGGGAACCACUUGUCCAAUCCAGCGGCGACGCGUCAGCACCGGCCGACGAGUUCCGCGGCGCGGACGGGCGCGUGUACCACUCGCACGACGGGCUCGCGCCGCACUCGCACGAGCCGCUCGACAGCGCGGGGAGCUUCGCGCUGCGCGCGCCGCCCCUGCCGAACCGCGACCUGGCGGAGCGCGCGUUUACCCCCAUUGCUCUCUGCUGGCGCUAUAUCGCACCAUCAGAGACCAACUGUCCCUCCCCUCCCCUCUAUGCCCUCAACCAUUCCCCCAUUUCCCCAUCCGCCCCCAUUCCCCCAUUCCCUCUGACGCCCAUCCAUCUCUUUCCCUCUACGACGUUUUCCCCCAAUUUUUCUAUUUCUGGUAUUCCCUCUUUCCCUCGUUCCCCUUUCCCCUCUUUCCCUCGUUCCCUCUUUCCCGCUUUCCUCAUUCCCUCGUUCCCUCGUUCCCUCGUUCCCACUUUCCCUGUUUCCCUCACUUCCCUCAUUCCCACUUUCCCCCAAAACGGCUCUCGUGCUGGCUCUGUGCUGCACGCUAAAGGACAAGAAAGGCUUGGCAGCGGUUACCCGACAUCUUCACUCCCACUCAUCCCCCCUGCACUCCCAUCCCCCCUGCACUCCCAUCCCCCCUGCACUCCCAUCCCCCCUGCACUCCCAUUCCCCCUGCACUCCCAUCCCCCCUGCACUCCCAUCCCCCCUGCACUCCCAUCCCCCCUGCACUCCCAUCCCCCCUGCACUCCCAUUCCCCCUGCACUCCCAUCCCCCCUGCACUCCCAUCCCCCCUGCACUCCCAUCCCCCCUGCACUCCCAUUCCCCCUGCACUCCCAUUCCCCCUGCACUCCCAUUCCCCGCCCGCCCAUGCGCCUAAAGACUGCUCUCAUUCUCGCCCUGUGCCGCGUUCUUAAGUCGACUCUAAAACAGGCUCUGAGACCAGUGCAGCCUGGCAGGCAGGCAGCAGUCACCACGGCAUCUCCACCCUCCUGCUCCCCUGCAUCCCAACUGUUCCCUUGCACGAAGACUGCCCUCAUGCUCGCCCUCAUGCUCGCCCUCAUGCUCGCCCUCAUGCUCGCCCUCUGUCGCACGCUCAGAGACCAAGAGCAGUACAGCCUGGCAGCGGUGACCAACGACAUCUUCACGCAGGAGGACGGCGAGUUCCUGAUCAAGCACGCCGCCCUCUCGCCGCCCGGCCGCAUCCGGGCGGUGGAGACGGGCGGCUGUCCGCACGCCGCCAUCCGGGAGGAUAUCAGCAUCAACCUGGGGCCACUGGAGGAGCUUUCCUCUGAGUUUAAGGCGGAUAUGCUGCUGUGCGAGUCAGGCGGGGCACGGUUCAUAUCCCACAUGCUGUUGUGCGAAUCAGGAGGAGGUGAGUGGAAUGACGGAUGGAAGGUGAGAGGAAGGGCGUGGCAAGGGAGUGUUGAGAGCGGUGGAGGGAGGAGUGCUGAGUGUGUGGAGGCAUGCGAAUUGAGGCUUCCCGUAUUCUCCUUUGCUCACAUCCCCCUCUGCACCUCCGUCAGCCAAGAGCUAGCAGACCACAUCAUCUACAUCAUUCAUGUGUCGGGGGUUGACAACCUAGCGGCCAACUUCAGCCGAGAGCUAGCAGACUACAUCAUCUACAUCAUUGACGUGUCGGGCGGGGAUAAGAUCCCCAGGAAGGGCGGCCCUGGCAUCACACAGGCAGACCUGCUGGUGGUGAACAAGACUGACCUGGCGCCUGCGAUCGGUGCUGACUUGGCGGUUAUGGAAACGGACGCGCUGCGCAUGCGGGAUGGGGGGCCCUUGGUGUUUGCACAGGAGGAUAGCUGCACGUGUAGCCUGGUGGUCUUGCAAGCGGGUGCGCUGCGCAUCAAAGAUGGCGGGCCUCUGGUGUUGGCACGGGUGGGUGGGGGACAGGAGGGGAAUGCAUGGAGGUGUGCAUGUGUGUGGAAAGGGGGUUGUGUGAGCCUUGCAGUUAUGGAAAGAGGUGCGCUGCGCAUCAAAGAUGGCGGGCCUCUGGUGUUGGCACGGGUGGGUGAUUAG